CACUUGUGAGGGGCAAUCUUGUCAUUUCCAUUAUUGGAUCAAACCGUUCGUCCUUGACGCCGUUAUCAUACAAGCCCCCCUCCUCCCUCUCUCCCUCCCUCCCUCCCCUAUUGUGCAAAUGCAUCAGAGAGUAAAGUAGAUCGAACAAGGAAGUUCAAUUUAUCAAGGAUCAAGUUUUGGAGUAACAGACGCCACGCCACCUUCGGUUUGAGUCUCAGAACCUUUAAUUCAUUGACGCAAGUAACUGGUAGUUACUCCCCUUCGGAUUUUGGUGGACAUAAUGCCUCGAUACAAAGAUGAACCUCCAGCGGUUCGCGUUUACACAGUUUGUGACGAAUCAAGGUAUUUGAUUGUGAGGAACGUUCCAUCUUUGGGUUGCGGCAAUGAUCUGUUGAAAUUGUUUGCAUCCUACGGAGAAGUAGAGGAGUGUAAACCAAUGGAUGAAGCAGAUUGUGAUCAAUUCACCGACGUUUAUUGGAUAAAAUUUCGACUGGUCACCAAUGCCAGGUUUGCAAAGAGAAAAUUGGAUGAGUAUGCUUUCCUCGGGAAUCGACUUAAUGUAUCAUAUGCUCCUGAAUUUGAGACCCUUUCUGAUACAAAGGAUAAGCUGGAAAGCAGGACAAGAGAAGUUCUAGGACGAUUGAACCCCAGAAGAUCUAAGGGGUCUACAGUCAAUAAGUCCGGUGCUUCGACUGACCCUUCUUUGCGUGCAAUUCCCACUCAGAUUGAUUGCUUUCCCCAGCAUGUAAACUCAAGUCAAAGGGACUCUGGAGAAUCACAACUUGCUUCACACGUUACUAACCCUCCUCUUUCAAGAGUUUCCUCUGAUCAGGAGUAUUUUCCUUCCCAAUCUAUGAAUCAGACCGUCAAGAUGGUGAGGGAGAAGCUCAAUAAGGUUCAGUCAAGUAGUGAGCAUCUGCAAGAUGAGCGUGCAUCCAAGAAAACACGGGUGGACAAUCGAAGGAGAAUUUAAUGAUGAUUUUUUUUUUCAGAGAAACCCUAGAGGAUCGAGAAAUUGUCCUCUCAGUCUCAUAUGGCUAUCAUCAAAUUGUGCAAAUCAGAUCGCAAGAAUUUUGUAGGACGGUCCUAAAACUGAUUGAUACUGGUGUGGUACGACCUUCUACUCAGAGUGCGCCAUAUAUUUGUAAGACAGACCUACAAGUUUACUUGCCAUGUAAACUACGUUGAGUAGCAAUUUUAAUAGAUAAUAUUGUAAAUGCUACCUGUUUUGUAAGGGACAAAAAAUUCCCAUCUAUUACUGCAGCAUAAAUGAAAGAAUUCGACAAAACGUAUUCCAUCUCGGA